GCGAUACAGUCGAAAAGUAACCGAAAAUUUAAAAUGACAGGACGAGGCAAAGGAGGUAAAGGUCUUGGAAAAGGAGGCGCCAAACGUCAUCGCAAAGUGUUGCGUGAYAACAUCCARGGAAUCACYAAGCCAGCCAUUCGUCGGUUAGCUCGCCGUGGAGGAGUAAAACGUAUCUCUGGAUUGAUAUACGAAGAAACUCGAGGUGUGUUGAAAGUGUUCCUGGAGAACGUAAUCCGUGAUGCCGUUACAUACACAGAGCACGCCAAAAGGAAGACCGUCACCGCCAUGGACGUCGUCUAUGCUCUAAAACGUCAAGGCCGUACUCUUUACGGUUUCGGAGGUUAAUUAUGCC